UUGAUAAAAGUUGACUCUAUAUAUAUUACUUCGUACCAAAGCUUCAAUCUAUAUAUGCCUCAAAAUCUACAAGCUCUGAAGCAACCACCAUGUUCCUUUCACUCACAUAUUCCUUCACGUUCUUCUUCAUUCUCAUUCUCAUUCUCACAUCAUCAUCACUUUCAUCACACGUUGCAACGUUCACACCACCACCCACCAAAAUAUCCAUCACAAGCCACAACAUUCAAAGCCUCAACAAUGCAGACAAAGGGACUAAAAUCGCAGGUAUAUCGCAGUUUAAACGAUACCUACAUCGUUUUGGGUACCUACGAAACAACAACAACGACAGUUUCAGUUUCAACGAUGAAUAUGAUGUCGUGUUGGAAUCUGCUCUCGUUAGAUACCAAGGAAACCUUGGUCUCCAAGUAACCGGGAAGCUCGACUCCGACACGGUUGCUCAAAUGAUCACACCAAGAUGCGGCGAUCCAGACACAAACACAAGACCCCACAAUCACGAUCACAAUCACAAUCACAAUCACGUUCAUUCUUCAAAGAACUUCGUGUUUUUUCCGGGAAAACCACGUUGGUCGCGUUCAAUGCCGAUGACACUCACCUACGCCUUCUCACGUGAGAACAUGAUCCGUGGUGGUUUGAGCAUGAAAGAGAUAAGAGAGGCAUUCCAACGUGCAUUCUCGAGAUGGGCUUCGGUGAUUCCUGUUAGUUUCGUUGAGGUGAGUGACUCUGAGGUUUCGGACUUGAAAAUAGGGUUUUACAAGGGGGAGCAUGGUGAUGGUGAGCCCUUUGAUGGGGUGCUUGGGGUGUUGGCACACUCCUUUUCACCAGAGAUCGGCCGGCUCCACCUUGACGCGGCAGAGACGUGGGCGGUGGACUUUGAGGCCACCGUGUCGGAGGUGGCGGUGGACUUGGAGUCGGUGGCCACACAUGAGAUUGGACACUUGUUAGGGUUGUCUCAUAGUUCGGUGAAAGAGGCUGUGAUGUAUCCGAGUUUGAGGCCAAGAGAUAAGAGGGCUGAUCUGAACAUUGAUGACAUAAAGGGGGUGCAGUCUCUGUAUGGAUCAAACCCUAAUUUCAGAUCAGAGUGGUCACUGGAAUCUGAUAUGUCGGCAAAUAAAGGUUCCAACUUUGUGAAACCUUUGAAGUUGGCUUCUGGUCUCAUAAUCAUAAUUUCUCUCAUGCAUAGUUUAUGUACAUUAUAGUUCAUAAUUUGAACUCUUUAUUUUUUUCUCUUUUUCUUUUCUUUCCAACUUUUUGUUCCUCUAUGCUUGUGAAGUAGAAAUUCAAUGAUGAUGUGGGGUCGAGAUAGUAUGAAGAGGUACGAAGACCCUUAAGAAUGAAUUAUUAUAUGUAAUAUAUAUAAUCAAACAGAUAGUGAAGGUUGUUGUUGUGCUGUUUAAUUUGAGAUUUUGUGAGUAAUUGAUGUAUUGAAACAUUUAUGUGAGGUUUACUUAAAGUUGGAAAAAAAAAUCUUAA